AUGUGGCCCUUCUCAUCUUCCUCCUGGACGGCAUCAGCAACAGCAACAACAGCAACACUAGGGUUCACCCUGGUAUCAUGCGUCCUAUCCUCGCCGGUUGAGAUCCGCGCCGCAGGACCCUGGCUCGCCCUCGACACCGACUUCCCUGACCCCGGCUUUGUUCAAGCUGACGACGGCUCGUGGUACGCCUUUGGCACGAAUGGAAACAACAAGACUAUCCAGGUUGCCCACUCCCCAGACUUCCGCUCGUGGACUCUCCUCGAUAAAGAGGUCCUCCCGACCCUCGCUGGCUGGGAGACGAGUAUUGAUCAUUGGGCGCCGGACGUGAUUAGACGGCCAGACGGCCACUACACCCUCUACUACUCGGGCGAAGCACAAUCCGACCUCCGCCACCACUGCGUCGGCACCGCCGUCUCCAGCACCACCGAUCCCAGCGGUCCGUACAUCCCCAACCCGACCCCCCUAUCCUGCCGCCUCCCCUCGGGCGGCUCCAUCGACCCCUCCGGCUUCCUCGACCGCGACGGCAGCCGCUACGUGGUCUUCAAAGUCGACGGCAACAGCAUCGGCCACGGCGGCGACUGCAACAACGGCAUCGCCCCGCUCCAACCCACGCCCAUCAUGCUGCAAAAAGUCUCUAGCGACGACGGCUUCACGCCCCUCGGCGACGCCAUCCAGAUCCUGGACCGCGAUGACUCCGAUGGCCCGCUCGUCGAAGCCCCUAAUCUUAUUCUCGUCGGCGAUACGUACUAUCUCUUCUAUUCGACUCAUUGCUAUACCGAUGCUGGGUAUGAUGUGCGCUGGGCGACGAGUCAGAGUGUUACGGGGCCGUUUGUGAAGGGCGAUGGUACUGGGAGGCAGUUGGUCAAGAGUGGUGAUUGGGGGUUGACUUCCCCCGGGGGAGGCACGGUGUGUGGCUGUGGUGAUAAGAUGCUUUUUCAUGCGUUUUGUAGGGAUGGGGUUAGGUGUACGUAUGCUGCGGAUUUGAGGAUUCAGGGGGGGAUGGUGGAGUUUGUUUAG